AUGGAGAAGCAAGAAGUAAAAAAAACAGUUGAAGUGAGAACAAGAGUUGUCGAUUUGUAUUUUCAUGGACUGUCAUUUGCUGAGAUUGGAGAUCUAAAUGGUGUUUCAAAGCAGACAGAUUAUAAUAUUGUCAAACGGUUUGUUACCACCGAGAGUAUCCUGCAGCGAUGCAUUCCACUAUGUUAUCCCAACAACUACAGAUGGGAUAGUGUAGAAGGAUGUCUGGAAGAGAUCACACCUCAGGUCAGAUCUAAAAUGGUUGUUUGUGAAGAGGCUUUACAGAUUAUUAGAUCAAUCGAAAAACCUGUUUGUGUGGUAUCCAUAGUUGGUGAUCGACGAACUGGCAAAUCUUAUAUUAUAAGUCAGUUACAGGAGCCACGAAAAGAUGAGUGUAUAUUUGGUAUAUCAUCAAGAAUGAAAGCAAAAACUAUAGGAAUCUGGAUGAAUUGUGAACCUUUCACCAGGACACUUGAAGAUGGCACUGAAGUUGCGGUAAUACUGUUAGACACGGAAGGUCAAGACUCUAUUGAAACAAUGGGAGAAAUGGACAAUUCAAUACUUAUCCUAACUGUACUUUUAUCAUCACUAGUCAUUUACAAUGGCACAGGAAUCGCUAAAUCAGAUGAUUUAAUCAAACUUAGAUGUGUCGUUGACAUAGCAUCAAGACAAAUUAGUGACUCCAGUUCAAGUGCACUGGAAAUAGAAAAUAUAUUCCCUUCAUUCAUGUGGCUAUUACGUGAUGUGAUUUUAUUACCAACUGUACAGCGUAAUGGGGAAGAGAUUGAGAUUCCAAUUAGAGAAUAUAUCGUAAAUGAGGUUCUGUUAAGCCAAACGACUGACCACACAACAAGAGCUAGUAUAAGACGUGCUGAAAUAGGCAAAGCGAUUUUAAAUUUCUUUCCGGUAUUUGAUGCAUUUUCAAUCCCCUACCCAUCCGAUAAUCCUGAUGUCUUGGAAAAUAUCGAGGAUCCGAAAAAUACUGUACUAAUUAAUGAUAAGUUCCAUCAAGCCGUAGACGAAUUUAUUACAACAAUACGACUUAUGUUAAGACCUAAGUUAUCCUUAGAAGGACACAUCUCAGGGAAACAAUUUUCAGAUCUUAUUGAGGAAUACACAAAGGCACUUGACUGCCCUGGAGGAAUUCCACAUAUCAUCUCUUCUUGGCAACACAUUGUUGAAAACCAAUUAAAGGAGGACGUAGACAAUGCUGUUGACGUUUACAAAAUACAAAUGGAUGCUUUUGCCAGGACUGUAAUGCCGUGCAGUGAGACUGAGCUUCAAGAUACGCAUCGUGAUAUGUUGGACCUAGCAACAUCCGCAUUUAGUUUAAGUGUUACUUCCACAUUUGCAGAGUUAGUGGAUGAGUACUAUGAACAAUUCCGAAAUAGUAUUGCAGUGUACGAUAGUUCUGGGAAUAUACUAAGUGGUGGGUUAAUGUACCACUACAUUGAACAGAAUAACACCAAAUCAGAGUCUGUCUGCAAACUAGUAGCUGAAGAGAUCUUGAAUGAUAAACUACCCCUUUUGAAAUAUCUAGAAAUACAAUCAUUCGAUAGUGUGAAUGACCACAUAGAAGAGUUUACGAGACUUUAUGAAAUCAACGCCGCUGGACCUAAGUUACGAGAAAUAAUGGAAACUGAGUUAAUGGAUGGUAUAAUGGAGUUUCAUUAUAGCAAUCACGAUUGGUUAUCAUCUUUACAUGGUUAUCAACCACCAUCAGUCACAAAAGAAAAACAAAAGGAAUACAAAGGUUACCUUAGUGCAAUAGAAGAGAAGCAAAGACGAAAGUUACAAACAGAGAGACUCGCUGAAAUGGAGAGAAUGUAUGCAAAUCAGGUUGAAAUGCAUGAAAAAUUGUUGGCAACAGAAAAAAAACGAAUUGAAAACAUUAUGAAAGAAGUAAGAUCUUCUCAAGAAAGGAAUAUUCGUCGUCAGAAACAAUUUAUGGAAAAAGAGAAGGAGUUGAGAAAUCGUCGACACCGACAAAACCUUGAACAUUUCCGUAGGCGUCGGGCUGCCUAUGAAAGGCAGACCGCUAAAAAAAUAGAAAAAAUCCAAAAACAUAUUGACUCUGUUGAUAAGUCAUUUGACACUGUUACUGUACUCUCAACUAACCAUAAAACCUACCCUGCAUCUCCUCUGGUGUAA